AUGAAAGUUCUACCUCGUCGCAUAAAGCGCCUGAUAUACCGUUCCUUAUGCGCUUUGAGUAACCGCUGGGGUUGGCGUGUCCACCCGGUUCUCCACCACCUUCCCUUUGGCCUCGCCCUCAGGCGCAAGACUUCGUUUAGUACCGCCCAACAUUCAUCAGCAGUCGAAGCUGCCGGCCUGAAAUACCUGGAAUCUUCCAAUAUACAAGGCGUCAAUUUUCCGCACCUCGUCGACAUAACUGUGGACGGCGACACGGCAUACACACUGUCGACGUACAUCGAUGGGGACUCACUUGCAUCAGUGCUGGACCAUUUCACCAGUCAGGACUGGGAACGUCUUGUCUUGGACCUGCGAUCCCAGCUUAGGUCUCUUCGCCAACAGACCACUUGCGAGUCACAGCGCCGCCCCGUAAUCUGCAACGCUGCGGGUAGUACGAUAAUCGACGACCCCCGUAUCUCCUGGGUCGCGGAAAACGGAAGAGAGCUUGCAACAACGCAGGGAUUCUUCUCCCAAGUCUGGCUAGGCUUGGAUCUUCCACGAAACAUCAACACCAUCCGACCGAAAAUCCAGCCGUUGAUCGACCGCCCUGUAUCGGUCAACUUUUGUCACGGAGAUGUGUAUCCUAGGAAUAUUAUCCUCCCUGGAGGACUGUCAGCUUGGAGACGGGGGAAGAGCCGGCUUUGCCUUGUAGAUUGGGAGUAUUCGGGGUGGAUGCCGGCCCCGUGGGAGGCCCUUAAAGCUACGUUGAUGGAAUGCGAGGAGGAUAGUGAGUGGUUAGUGACUAUCCGGAAAGCCCUCCCAGAGUUUAAGGAAUAUCUCGAUGCGGAUUGGGAAUGGCGGUCGAAAUCUAAUAUGAUGAUCGUUUAGCCGUGUACACUAGUAGUGCGCUCGGUUGAAUGCGGAUUGUCGAGUCUGUC